AUGACCAGCGCGCCGUCGCGGUCGGUCAGGAUCUCAGAUCACGUUUCCGUUGCUGCCAACACCAGCAAACCCUUUGUGCCAACCGCAACCGCACCCGCCGUCCCGACGUCGCAGCCCUCCCCACGAUCUGCGAAGAAACGAGUUCCUACUAAACACCCCGAGCAAAGAAGAUCGAGCGUCAUCGAGCGAAACAUUGACAAGGUUGUCUUUGGUAAUGUGUGCUUUUCGACCUGGUAUCACUCACCGUACGGCACGGAGGCCUUAGGGGAAAUCUCAGGGAACAGUCUAGACAGGUUGUACGUGUGUCCAUGCUGUUUCAAAUAUUCAAAGGAGCUCGUACCAUGGUGGCAGCACGUACACCUGUGCGAGAGGCGAGGCCACGUCCCGGGCAAGCAGAUCUACACACAUCCAAAAGGUGGAAGGACUCGAGAGGGCGCGGCAGAUUCUACAACAUCAAAAGCACCCGCACGGAGGAAGAGAAAUUCCGAUACAACACAGCAGGCCGACGAGGCCGAGGUCGACGACCAAGGCGAGUGGUCCAUCUGGGAAGUUGACGGCGAAGACGAGCCCCUCUUCUGCCAGAACCUGUCCCUGUUUGCUAAGCUCUUCCUCGACAAUAAGUCUGUGUUCUUCGACGUCGGCGGCUUCAACUACUUCCUGCUUGUCCACACCUCCGCGCGUCCACCCUCCUCUGGUGACACCUUGGAACCUUUGCCGCCUAAACAGCAGGUUGUCGGCUUUUUCUCCAAAGAGAAGCUCUCCUGGGACAAUAACAACCUGGCCUGCAUCCUGGUUUUCCCGCCCUGGCAGCGCAAGGGGCUAGGAGCCCUUCUCAUGGGCGUCAGCUAUGAGAUCUCGCGGCGUGAGGGCCUCCUCGGCGGGCCGGAGAAGCCCAUCUCCGAUCUGGGAAAGAAGGGCUACAAGCGCUUCUGGGCGGGCGAGAUCGCUGGCUGGCUGCUGAGUCUCGACACCAGCGGAGAGGAUGAGGUGGUCGUCGACGUCGAUGAGUGUAGCCAAGCGACGUGGAUCGUGCCGGAGGACUGUCUGAUGAUGCUCCGGGAGAUGGAUGUCAUAGGGGAGGCGGAGGCUGGUCCGCCUAAGAAGAAGAAGAAAAGCAAGCGGGUGACUGCAUCUUCUUCUGAGGAGGCCAAGGGAGGAGAGGAGAACAGGGAGGAGGACGUUAUCAGUGACGCAGAUGACGAGGAGGUGAAGAAUGUGCCGCGUGUACAGGUCAGCAAGGAGGCCGUGUGGGCAUGGGUCCAUGCCAAUAAGGUCAGCCUCGAGAAGGCGUGUGAUCCAGAUGGUUUUGUGGAGGGAUAUGCUGUCAAGCAGAUCGCGAGCCAAGACGAAGAACUGUAGAGAUGAGUUAUGAAGCUGAUGACUCUCACGAGAUGCUACAGUAUUAACUAAC